ACGCUACCACGUCCUUAUGAUAUAUAUUUUAAUACGCGCAACGCGACUGCAAGAGAGGUCUGAAUGAAUGUCUGACUGAAAUACGGGACAAAUUAUAUAUUUUUUUCUAAAUUAGUGGCGUUUGAUUGUUCGGUUGCGGGACAAAGGGCCAACAUGCAGGACUGUCCCGCACAAUCCAGGACACAUAGUCACACUUCAAUUAAGAAGUUGAAAGUACUGGAUGUAUUCAGUAAAACAUAUCGCAGGUUUGGUCAGUCUCACCCACACGCGCUUUCAUAUGAUUGACAGCGAUCAUCAUGCGCGAGAGGCUACCUACUUGGUAACAAUGGCCUAGUUAGCCACCUAACGUGCUCGUUCAGGCAGGCAUCAUAUUUGAUAUUUUCACAACACAACGAGAACAAGAGUAACUAGGGUUACUAGCCAAGUUAACUAACUAUAUGAAGUUAGUAAAAUACCAAUACCUUGGGGUAAUCCGCCUCAGGUUUUUAUGAACUCGGCUUGAAUGAUGGAUCACAAAAUGGAGCGAAGUCCUGCUACCAAUGGGACAGACACCGCGGAAUGGGGUCUUAGAAAAGCUAAACUUGUCGUGGCCGUUGCCAUAAUAAAGAGUAAACCUCCCGGGAUAAGUGGCCGGAAGCACACGGAACAUUUGGCCAACAAGCUGAAUAGCCAGACUGAGGCCUGGAAGACCAAAGCCCAGAGGCUGCAGGAGGAAGUGCUCAGAAUGCGUCAAAAGCUCCUUCUCACCCAGAUGCUCUCAAAGCCAAAGAACACCAGUGGAACAGAAGCUGGUGGAGAUGGCUUCAUGGACCUGCUCUCUCAGGAGUUCAUGGGGCCGGGCUUGGUGAAAGACCCGCUCAACUCAGACAUGGACUCCGGCUGUGGGAUGGAGAACAACACAGAGACACUUCUGCUCACUCAAGACUCUGCAGAACCCAGUGCCCAGCCAGCCUUCCCACCUGUCACCACCACACACCCCCAGAUCCCAUUCUCCAGCCUGUGUGAGGCAGGCCCUCGUGGGAAGGCCAUGCUGCUCCACAUGCAGUUUCUCCAGAGCCUGUGUGGGCUGAACAGGGUGGAGUGGGAGGCAAUGGGUGCAGAGGCUGGAGGGUUUAGCCUGGACAGGGACAAGGACAGGUCCGUGGUGGCAGACUCGGUGUGCCAGCUGCUGUCCUGUGUGGUGUCUGCUAGUAGGGAUGACAGACCCCUGCCCCCACGCUCACUGCUCCUGCAGGCGUCCCGGGUGGUGGCCCAGGCAGUGGAUCACUGGCUCUCCCACAGACAGCCCUCCCAGCUAUUUGUGACAGGCAUGGAAGAUUCCCUGAAAGAGCUCACUGAUGUUCUAUUACGCAACGGCCAGCUCAACAGGUUCCAGGUUCAGGAGAGGCUGACGGAGUGUUUGAUCCUGCUGGGAGGGAGCAACUUGCUUAGGUCCCUGCUCAUCCGUCAUGUGCUGUCUGAGAUCAACCGGCUGGCAGAACACCUCUGGAUCACCUGCCAGGGGGAAAGCAGCGAGGGGCCCAGCCAGUUUGACGUAUCCCUGUAUGAGAACUCCUUCUACCUGUUCUGGCUCCUGGAGCAGCUACUUCAGGUCGGACAAGGACCUCCAGGGGCCACAGGGGGUACUGGGCACCACUGGAGCCCAGAGCAGAGGGCCCUUCUGGGCCGGCUGGAGCAUAGCAUCUUGCUCCUGUCCGAUGAUUUCCCUCUGUACUCCCUCUACAUGUGGCGGAUAGGGGCUCUCCUCGCCCCCUCCGACAUCAACAACACCCAGACCUGAGACUGGCGUUCCAGGAACGAGCGCAGCACCGCCACACGCGUGUAAUUCCACCUCCAGAUCUUUCUACUUCAAAGGGCUGCAGAAGUUGGUGCAGUUAGUCAAGGAGGAUUUGACUAACAUAGCAGGAAUCAAAAGACAGGACUUGACAGGACUGGAGAAUGAGGUGGUGGCUCCAUUUGAUAUUCUCCUCGGAAGAAGAAUCUAAAAAUAGUGUUGUGGCUCGUAUAGUAAGCUAAACCAAUUAUUAUUGUGUGGCAAUGUGAGAAAGACUACAGUGGAUGACAUUAGAAAAAAGGGAAAGCAUUACAUUUUUAAUUAGUUUUUAUUUACAGACUGUAAAUGUAUAAUUAACAUGCUGAGUAUUGUAUGAGCAGCUAUUUAUAGGAACAUAUUACUGUAAGGAAGGAAUGUACAGAAUGUUUUGUGCUUAGACAUCCACGUUUUAAUUUGUUGAUUCUAUUACCAAGAUGUAACAUUUUUACUAAAUGGAUUUCAAGAGAAAAAAAGCCAAAAUGUUUGUAUUCCAGAUUUUCCCCUUUCUCCUUACAGAUUAAAGUCCAUGUAAAUAUUUGGCAUUUAGACUUUGAUUUAUUAGACCUGUUUAUGGAAGUAUUUAAUGAUAUAUUUAACAUGUUGUAAUAAAAAUAAAUCUG